AUGGACUUACGUCCCUUUGUCAGAUCAUCAGUGAUUUUUGUUGCUGUAGGGGAUUUGGAGGAGCCCGUGAGCUAUGCGAGGUGCAAGGCCAGGGCGAAGGAGCUCUUCGAGACGUGGGAGCACCGCGAUGCGACGAUCGGCGACAACUUCCCCACCGUGAACGACUUCUACCGCGGCAGGCACCUGUUCGUCACGGGCGGCAGCGGCUUCUGCGGCAAGGUGAUCGUUGAGAAGCUGCUCCGGUCGUGUCCCGACGUCGGCAACAUCUACCUGCUGGUGCGGCCAGGGCGCAGGGGCCAGCACCCGGACGACAGACUCAAGGACAUGCUCCAGCUACCGCUGUUCGACCGGCUGCGGGAGGAGAACCCUGCCGCGCUGAACAAGGUGCUCGCCGUCCGGGGCGACUGCAUGCAGAAAGGGUUGGGCCUCAGCCCCGAGGACCGUCAGCUGCUCGCCGACAAGGUGUCCAUCGUCAUCCACAGCGCCGCCUCGGUGCGUUUCAACGAUGCCCUCAAGAAGGCCGUGACCAUGAACGUGCUCUCCACCGUCGCCGUCGUCGAGCUCGCCCGGGAAAUGAAGAAGCUCUCGGUCCUCGUCCACAUCUCUACAGCUUACUGCAACACCAACAUUAAUCCAACGAUGGAAAGAAUUUACCCGACGGAACACAACUGGAGGGACGUGGUCAAGUACGUCAACCUCCCCGACGUCGACGUUCUGGACGACCUCGGAGAGAAGUUUAUGGGGUUCCAACCCAACAGUUACGUCUUCACCAAAGCCCUGGCGGAACAAGUCAUGAACGAGGCUGCGCGGGACCUGCCCGUCAUCAUCAUCCGCCCGUCGAUCG